AUGCGUCUCCUUCGCACUGGCCAGGCUCGACUCAUUCCUAUCUGCGUAGCUGACCCAGGAGAACGUGUGCAGAGUGGACGUUGUGUGCCAAUAAGGAGACCAACGCACAAUAGAGUUGGCCCAUGCGAGCAGCGUUGUGCUUGUCCCGGCUGUUCGUCAAAGUCAUUCAAGCUGUACUCUCCUAAGGAACCCCCUAACGGCGGCAGCUUCCCCCCUUUCCACCCGGGCGCUAUGCUGGACAGAGAUGUGGGGCCCACACCCAUGUAUCCCCCUUCUUACAUGGAGCCUGGGAUGGGAAGACCCACUCCAUACGGUAAUCAGACAGACUACAGAAUAUAUGAGCUGAACAAAAGACUACAGAAUUGGACAGAGGACUGUGACAAUCUUUGGUGGGAUGCUUUCACCACAGAGUUUUUUGAAGAUGAUGCCAUGCUCACUGUCACGUUCUGUCUGGAAGAUGGACCUAAACGAUAUACAAUUGGCAGAACUCUAAUUCCACGGUACUUCCGGAGUAUAUUUGAAGGGGGCGCCACAGAGCUAUUUUAUGUUUUGAAACAUGCUAAAGAGUCCUUCCACAGUAAUUUUGUGUCUUUGGAUUGUGACCAGUGCACGAUGGUGACUCAAAACGGAAAACCUAUGUUCACACAGGUUUGCGUUGAGGGUCGCUUGUACCUUGAGUUCAUGUUUGAUGAUAUGAUGAGAAUUAAGACGUGGCAUUUCAGUAUCCGGCAACACAGAGAGGUCCUCCCCAGAAGCAUUUUGGCUAUGCAUGAUCCCCAGAUGCUCGAUCAGCUAGCUAAAAAUAUCACCAGAUGUGGGCUGUCUAAUUCAACACUCAACUACCUCCGUCUUUGUGUGAUAUUGGAGCCCAUGCAAGAAUUGAUGUCCAGGCAUAAGACGUACAGUUUAAGCCCCAGAGACUGCUUGAAGACCUGUCUUUUCCAAAAGUGGCAGAGAAUGGUAGCACCUCCUGGUAACACAGCAGCUGAGCCAGCCAGACAAGCACCAAACAAGAGACGAAAAAGGAAGGUUUCUGGUGGAAGUAAUGUGAGUUCAGGUGGAGGCAGCAAUAACAACAGCAACAGCAAAAAGAAGAGUCCUGCAAACAGCUUUUCACUGUCCAACCAGGACCUGGUUGGAACAAAAACCUGUACAGUGCCGGAGCUUGAGGACCGGAGUUGA